AGAUCUCUGCACCGUCCUGCACGCCACCAUGGCUUCGCCCGGGUCCCUCUACGAAGAACCCCAGCCCGAACCCCAGCCCACCAGCCCCAAGCCCGAACAGCAACCCACUGAGAAGGAAUUCCAGUUCCUUCAAUGCCAGAGCUGCCAGGAAGAAGCCAAGUGUCCCAAACUGCUGCCUUGCCUGCACUCACUUUGCUCAGGAUGUUUGAAGACGCCAGAUUCACAGUGUCCCAUCUGUAAGGUGCCGGGCCCUCCAGGUGGAGAGCUGUCAACCCAGGAUAAUGUCUUCUUUGAGAGCCUGCAGCGGCGCCUGUCCAUAUACUGGAAGAUCAUGGAUGAAAUGGCGCUUUGUACCCGCUGCAAGGAGACCGCUGACUUCUGGUGUUCUGAGUGUGAGCAGCUCCUCUGUGCCCAGUGCUUUGAAGCGCACCAGUGGUUCCUUGUCAAGCAUGAGCCUCGGCCCCUAGGGGAGCUCCGCAGACUGUCAGAGUUGGAGUUCCUGGACAGCCUUCGCAAGACCAACAAUAUCUUCUGCUCCCACCCCAAUCACGGGAGCACAACGACCAACAUCUACUGCCGAGGCUGCUCCAAACCGAUAUGUUGCUCAUGUGCUGUCCUAGACCCCGGCCACAACGACCUCAGGUGUCACAUCAGCGAGGAGAUUAAGCAGCGGCAAGAGGAGCUAGACUCAAUGACACACAAGCUGAGGGAGAAGAAAGAAGCCUUUGGCACAGCUCUGGCACAGGUACACUCAAAGUUCAGCCAGUUGGACCAACAGCACACAGACAACAAGGAGCUGAUCAGCUCAAUCUUCGGCCAAGUGAUGGAACUUGUGCAGGCUCAGGAGCGUGAGUUGCUGGAGAAGACGAACCAACAAUAUCAGUGCAACUGCCAGGAGUUGGCAGGCCAGCAGCAGCACCAGGACACUGUGCUGCAACGCAUCCACGCGGGUAGCACACUGGUACAGAAGAUGAAGUGUUACGCUUCAGACCAGGAGGUGCUGGACAUGCACGACUUCCUUCGCCAGGCUCUCCACCGCCUGUACCAGGAGAAGCCCUGCGGCACAAAAACCAUUAAGUAUACUAAUGUCUUCAAUGAGCUCAAGGAAUGCCUGAAACGCAUAGUUUCAGACAUCACCCAGAGAACUUUGCCUGAGAUGCAGAAAGUAAGCUCCCCGGAGAUUAAGUCUUCUAGUAAGGAUGUCAUCUCUGACUCUGUUUUCUUGGUGCAGGAGGCUCAAGUCCAGGCCUCAAGCCCUGCUCAGGCCCAGUCUGAGGCUGUGGUGCAGUUAGUGACUGGCACCCACCCUGUGCCUGUCUGUGCCUACUCCAUCUGUGUCCCCUCCUGUACAGAGGAGGACUCGCCCUCAGUGACACCCCAGAAGAGAAAAUCCUGCCAGAAUGAGAGUCCCCGGAAGAUGAUGAAGAUGGACUCAGAGGAGGAGAGGGAGACAAGGUUGGCGCAGAGCAUGCCUGAGCAGCACAGGCCUAGCACCUCCAGAACCAUCUCCUUGCCCCAUCUGGAGGAAGCCCCCAGCCCCAAGGAGCCCCCUGUGGAAAAUGAAGGCUCAGUCCCUGACAGGGAUGUCCUGAUCGACGACCCGAAGGAGGCAGAAGAGUGUGUUGUGUUGAUCAGUAGCUCGGAGGACUCCGACAUUGAAAACUUGACCCUGCAGGACAAUAAUGAGAGCAGCAGUGAAUCCAGUGAUGUGCAACUAGAAGGCCCCAGCUCCCUUGGGUCCAUGGACGCGAGCCUUGCUGACCCUGGAACAGAGGACAGACCGCUGGUUUUCUUUGACCUUAAGAUUGACAAUGAAACCCAGAAGAUUAGGCAACUGGCGGCCCUGAAUGGGGAGAACAAGUUCCGGUUGCUCAUCACACGCAAGACCUGCUUCAGUGACUGCUCAAAGAGAGUCUCGGAAGUCUCUCUUGAGGAGGGCCUUAAACACUUCCUCAACUUCCUUAGCAGUAUGCACCGCCCCGUCCUGGCCUGCUACAAGCUGUGGGAGCCCAACCUCCCCAACUUCUUCCAUGCCCUGGAUGACAUAAACCAGCUGUGGGAGCUCCAGGAGGCCACAUCAGGCUUCCUGGCCAUCCUGCCCCUCAUUCAGGAGUACGUUCCUGGAGCCAGUAGCUUCCAGCUCAGUGACCUGUCCAGCACUUACCUAGCCAGGAACCUGAAUGAGAGCAGUGCCCUGGCCUCCGUGCUGGCCAUGCGUGACCUGUGCCACCUCUUCGAAGUGUCCCAAGGGCCCCAUCUGAUCCCAUACACCUACUCCUUCAGCAGCCUGCACUGCUUCGCCUCCCUAGAGUCACUGGUGCAGGCAGCUGUGCUGCUCUGGCCUGAGGCCCACCUGCUGGCCCUGCACAAUGUGGGCUUCCUGGAGCUGCUGAGAGCAUAUCGCUGGGAUCCACAGGGUGGCCUGAAGAAAUAUAAGUGCUACCUGAGCCUGCCGGAUAUCCCCAGCCAGCAUGCUGAUAGAUUGCAGGCUCUGAAGUGUUACUUUGAAAGCAUCUUACAGAACUCAGCAUCAACACAGCAGGAAGACCCAGCCAUGCCAACGUCUAGUAACAGCCAUGGCCAUGAGCUACAGAGCUAA